GCAGGAACUGGAGUGCCAUGUCCCAGGCCACUCCUUAGUGUGAUGGUUUGGCCUUGACUGGAGAGGAGGGACACACUAUUACCUGCCCCCGCUUCCCAGAUUCCAAUGACAGAUGGAUCUCUCACUCUUUCCUGGGCUCACUCGCUCUCUGUAUUGUUUUUUUUCGACGUGUUUGAUCUGAAGUUCUGAAGCAUCUCAGAGGGGACCCAGGAGAGGACGAGGCGCGUGGAUGGUGUGAGCGGCAGGAGAGGCAGCUCUACCUUGUUCUUCCAAGUCACAUUGCGGUGUUGUGGGGAGGAAGGUGUGGAGGAGCCAUUCCUUCCAUCAAGAUUUGUUGGUGGUGGCUAAAUUUUGUUUUAUUUGAAAAGACAGCACAACAUUUUUUUCCUUCCCCAUUUGGACCUUUUCUGGUAGAUUGGGGGAGGCAGGAAGAAGUGGAUUUUGCUGUCCGCACUCUGCGCCUUGUGUUGGUGCAGAGGGAAACAAAAAUGUGGGUGAUAGCACCAGAUAGAACUGGGGUGUCUGUGUCCUCCUAUCGCUAAGCACCAAGCACUCAGGCCCUCUCCUCCCUUCACUUUAUUCUCUGGCAUCUUGGUUUCUUCUUGCCUGUAGUGGACGUUGCAUCCAACCAUGCCGUGCCUGGGAUUGUGGGUGUCUGCUUUGCUCUGUGUGUUUGUCCCUGGCAUGGUGCAUGGUGACUGCUGGCUGAUCGAGGGGGACAAGGGUUACGUGUGGCUGGCCAUCUGCAGCCAGAACCAGCCCCCUUACGAGACAAUCCCCCAGCACAUCAACAGCACGGUGCAUGACCUGCGUCUGAAUGAGAACAAGCUCAAGGUGGUGCUGUACUCCUCCCUCAACCGCUUUGGGAACCUGACUGACCUGAAUCUGACCAAGAACGAGAUCUCCUACAUUGAGGACGGGGCCUUCAUGGGUCAGUCCAACCUGCAGGUCCUGCAGCUGGGCUACAACAAGCUCACCAACCUGACGGAGGGCAUGUUGCGUGGUAUGGCCCGGCUUCAGUUCCUCUUUGUGCAGCACAACCUGAUUGAGCUGGUCACUCCCACUGCCUUCUCGGAGUGUCCCAGCCUGAUCAGCAUUGACCUGUCUUCUAACCGGCUCAGCCGGCUGGAAGGGAACACCUUCACCAGCCUGAGCAACCUUAUGGUGUGUGAGCUGGCUGGCAAUCCCUUCAACUGUGACUGCAGCCUCUACAGCUUUCUCAACUGGCUGGUGGUCUUCAACAACGUCACAAAGAACUAUGACCGACUGCAAUGCGAGACCCCGCGGGAGUUCGCUGGCUACCCACUCCUGGUGCCUCGACCCCACCACAACCGCAAUGCCAUCACCAUAUUCCAGUCCAUGUGCCGGGGCGGCACAAUUCCCUCUCUCUCAAGAGUCAACCCCACCCCCUACACGCCUGACUCCCAGAGAGACCUGGAUGAGUCCUCAGGGUUCAACCAUGGGGACUUCCUGUCAGUGGAACCCCCAGCUUCUUCUACCACUGACUCCUCCUUCAAUCCCAGCAUCAAGGUCCACCAUGUGACCAUCACCUCAGCCACCUUGUUGGUGACCAUCCCCUCGCCCUACAGCAAGUUGUACGUUCUGACGCAAUAUAAUAACAGCUAUGUUGCUGAUGUCAGGACCCUGAAAUUCAAGAAGGAGUAUGUCGUCCUCAAAGAUCUGAAGACCCACACAGACUACACUUUCUGCGUGGCCUCCAUCCGCAACUCCAAGCGCUACAACCACACCUGUGUGUCCUUUACUACCAGGAGCAAGGGGAGGGAGGAUCCCAUUCCCAAUACCUCUACCACCACUCACUACAUCAUGACCAUCCUGGGCUGCCUCUUUGGGAUGGUCAUUGUCCUGGGAGUGGUCUACUACUGCCUGAGGAAGCGGAGGAUGCAGGAGGAGAAGCAGAAGUCCCUCAAUGUGAAGAAGACCAUUCUGGAGAUGCGUUAUGGCUCAGACAUUGACACCAGCUCCAUUGUCCACCCUUCACAGAAGCUGGGUGAGCCACCAGUCAUUCCCAUCUCACGGAUGUCCUCCAUCCCUUCCAUGAUUGGAGAGAAGAUGCCCCCAUCCAAGUCAAUGGAUGCUGGGAUGGAAACCCCAAAGGUCACUACCAAAGGCAACUACAUUGAGGUGCGAACAGGUGGUGGGGAUGGGCUGGAGAGAACUCAGCGAGAUGAUGACCUGCGGGAACUUGACAAUGGCCAGGGCUCAGCAGCUGAGGUCUCCACCAUUGCCAAGGAAGUGGACAAGGUCAACCAAAUCAUCAACAACUGCAUUGAUGCCCUCAAGCUGGACACAGCCUCCUUCCUGGGAGGAGGGGGUGGCGUUGAUUCAGACAUGGCAUUCGAGUGUCAGUCCAUCCCCACCAGCUCCUCCGGCGGGCUGGAGCGGCCCAGCUUCCUCUCACCGCCCUACAAGGAGAGCUCCCACCACCCCCUGCAGCGCCAGCUGAGUGCAGAUGCUGCAGUGGCCAGGAAAACCUGCAGUGUCUCAUCCAGUGGCUCCAUCAAGAGCGCCAAGGUCUUCAGCCUGGAUGUGCCCGAUCACCCACCGCUGAGCAAGUCAGACUCAAAAUACAUUGAGAAAGGCAGCCCACUCAACAGCCCCCUGGAUCGUCUUCCCCUGGUGUCCCCAGGUGCCAUCCACCACUUGGAGGUAAAACCUUCUUACCACUGCAGUGAACAUCGGCACUCCUUCCCAGCCCUUUACUAUGAGGAGAGCGCAGACACCCUGAGCCAGCGGGUGUCCUUCCUUAAGCCGCUCUCCCGUUCCAAGCGGGACUCCACGUACUCUCAGCUCUCCCCCAGACACUACUUCUCAGGCUACUCCUCCAGCCCUGAGUAUUCAUCAGAGAGCACUCACAAGAUUUGGGAGCGUUUCCGGCCUUACAAGAAGCACCACCGGGAGGAAGUUUAUAUGGCGGCCGGCCACGCCCUGCGGAAGAAAGUCCAGUUUGCCAAGGAUGAGGAUCUGCACGACAUCCUGGAUUACUGGAAAGGCGUCUCCGCUCAGCAGAAGUUGUGACUCUGUCUUUACAAGGAAAAAUAAAAAGGACUCCCCAACAACCACAAGAAAGAACCACUUGACUGUGAAUCAAAGAACCAACAAAUGCUCCCGACAAAAAUGAACCGAAAACCAUUUCUUAAAAGUUUACAAAAAACAAACAAACUCCACCCCCAACUGAAAUGAAUUGUUUCUACUGUGUUACGGGGACCAUUGUUACUGCUGCAGGUGGUUGGGAGGAGCUGCCUGCUUUGACACUGUGGUAAUGUCGCCAUGCGUUGGGGUUAGCUGCGGUCCAGGACAUGGAGGGGCAAGAGGGAUAAGCAGUGAGGAGAGCAGGGAAGGAUGCUAACUAGGUGUAGACUAAAACACUAACCAUUACUUUUCUGUUCCUAUUGCUCCUUUGUUCCAGAAUAGUUUCAUUUUAGGGGGGGAAUCCUGACUGCUCCCCAAAAGGGGUAAUGGCGAUUCCUACCCCUAUCCCCCAGGCAUUCCCAUCAAGAGGAAAUUGGGGAUGUCCCCAUCCCGCUCAGGAUGGCAGUCCAAGUCACUGGAAGCUAAAUUGUUUUUUUUACAGGGGCAAUGUUGUGAAGACCUGCCCCAGUCUUGUGGGGUUUGUACAGAAACCAGAGUGUAAGAGGAGGAUCUCUCCUCAUGUCCUCUGUCCCCCCACACUCUGUCAAGAUUCCCUAGGUUGGAGUCAGGCUUUGUGGCUGGUGGCUGCAUCAGCCUCUAAUCUUCCUUGGGGUACAUGGCCCAGGGAACUCCUUUCCC